CGCCGGGAGGCGGAGCCGGGGGGCGGCUGGUUUGGUCUCUGCCGCGUGGGGCGACAGCAUGGAACGGGAAGCCGGCCCUGGGGGCGCGCGCCGGGCGCUGGGCCUCCUGGUGGAGGCGGUGCUGGCAAACCGAGGCAAGGCCAACGCCGUGUUCGACAUCCUGGCCGUGCUACAGUCUGAGGAUCAGGAGGAGAUCCAGGAAGCGGUGCGCGCAUGCAGCCGACUUUUCGGGGCCCUGCUGGCCCGCGGAGAGCUGUUUGUGGGCCAGCUGCCCUCUGAGGAGAUGGUCAUGGCAGGGUCCCGGGGGGCCACUCGCAAGUACAGGGUGUGGAUGCGGCACCGGUACCACAGCUGCUGCAACCGCCUGGGGGAGCUCUUGGCCCGCUCCUCCUUUCGAGUCAAGGAGCUGGCCCUCAGCACGCUCAUGAAGUUCGUGCAGCUGGAGGGGGAGCACCCCCUGGAGAAGCCCAAGUGGGAAGGCAGCUAUCUGUUCCCCCACCAGCUCUUCAAGUCGGUGGUGGGAGGCCUGCUCUCUCCGGAAGAGGACUGCUCUCUGCUGCUCUGUCAGUUCCGGGAGUUCCUGGAACACGACGACAUCCGCUACCACACGAUGCAGGCUGCGGCGGACGCUGUGGCCCGGGCCGCUGAUGGACACCCUGACGUGCCGCUCAUCUUUUGGAACAACGCCUUCACGCUGCUGUCCUCCGUGAGCCUGCCCCGCCAGGAGAGCACCCCCCGCAGCUUCUACGUCAAGCACGCGGCGUGGGGGACGUCCACCCCUGUCGCUUCCCCACAGGAGCACAGGAAGGCCUUCCAGCAGAUGUGGCUCGGCUUCCUCAAGCACCAGCUGCCUCUCCGCGUCUGCAAGAAGGUUCUGGUGAUCAUGCACGACUCCAUCCUGCCUCACCUGGCGCAGCCCAGCCUCAUGAUUGAUUUCCUCGCCCGCGCCUGUGACGUCGGUGGAGCCAUCAGCCUGCUGGCUUUGAACGGGCUUUUCAUCCUGAUUCAUAAGCACAACCUGGAGUACCCUGAUUUCUACCAGAAGCUGUACGGCCUGCUUGACCCGUCUGUCUUCCACGUCAAGUACCGGGCCCGCUUCUUCCACCUGGCCGACCUCUUCCUGUCGUCCUCGCAUCUGCCCGCCUACCUGGUGGCUGCUUUCACCAAGCGCCUGGCCCGCCUGGCCCUGACGGCGCCCCCCGAGGCUUUGCUCACGGUCCUGCCCUUUAUCUGCAACCUGCUGCGCAGACACCCCGCCUGCCGUGUCCUCGUGCACUGCCCCAGGGGCCCAGAGCUGGACGCCGACCCCUAUGACCCCCAAGAGGAGGACCCUGCCCGGAGCCGAGCCCUGGAGAGCUCUCUGUGGGAGCUGCAGGCCCUCCAGCGGCAUUACCACCCCGAGGUGUCCAAGGCCGCCAGCGCCGUUAACCAGGCGCUGUCCGAGGCCGAGGUCAGCAUCGCGCCGCUGCUGGAGCUCACCGCCUUCCAGAUCUUCGAGCGGGACCUGGAGAAGAAGGGGCCUGAGCCAGUGCCCCUGGAGUUCAUCCCGGCCCAGGGCCUGCUGGGCCGGCGGGACGACCUCUGCGCCCAGCACUUCACGCUGAGCUGACCCUGCGCGCCCCGGUGCCCCCGACGGAUGGUCCUGUGGGGAAGCCGCCG